UCAGUUAUCAGACGAUUUGUCGAAAGUCAGAAACGCUGUUCGUGUACACAGUACACACACACUACAGACACAUUUGACGAUACUCAAAUAUAAUUACUGCAUUUAAUAUAUUAUCCAUUUAACUAGGUUUUACUACUUAUUACCACACCUUGUUUUAACGUUCGCAAAUCGCAAUCUAAGUUUAGCUUAGUUUGAUAUCUCAAAACUCGCGCUGCCGUAGAACUUAACAGCCGCUGCACAUGAGCCAAUCCGAAUCCGUGCUGUCCAUGGAUAACGAAGUUUCUGCAACCAAGUCCAUCGGUGCCACCGUCUUGGACUUGCCGUUGAACCGUACAGAGACAGUUGCAACUGAUUACUCGCCAGAUGAUGAGGACCUAGACGAAGCAGCGGCAGCUGCCGCCGCUGCAUCAGAAGCAACUCGUGACACUUUGGCUGAUGGCCUGGUUGCCAGUUUGCUCAGACCGUGUGUUGACCGUUUGGAUGCGUCCGUCCAGUGCACUAGACUGAGCCAACUUGACUUGAAACUGCAACUUGACUCGUUAGCUACUGAGCUCAAGCGUCUAUCGUUAGCACAGCACGAUUACUUGUUUGCUGCUAAGUCGAUAUCAUCGCCACAAUUGCCAGUCUCUGCCGAAAAGACCAUUUCACCUACAGCGACUGCUACAACAAAGACCACUACUGACACAUGUGUUCUACUAGAUGGAUAUGCUCGUAGAUUAUGUGAUGCACGUGCCAAGAUAGCUGUCGUGGGAAAUAUACUGGAGUCUACACAGGAACGCUUACGAGCACUCUCUCAUCGAAUAGGUCGUGAGCACAACAAUCGGCGAUCACUCCUAGAACCCCAAACUGUGGUAAUUGGUGUGGAAGAUAAACUGGAAGUAGAGGAAGAAAAUGAAAAAAAGAAUGAUGAAGAAGAGGAAAUAAAUGACAAUAAUGAGAAAGAUCAACCAAAUGAGCAUUCGACAGAUUUCAAAGAUGAUAACAAAGAGGAAGAACAACCUGAGGAAGAUGCUACAGUGAUUACAACUUCACCGGCAGUGUCAGAAAUACCAAAAAAGUCAUGAUGAAAUAUUAGUCAUGUUGGCUCAAUGGUGUCAAGGUGCAGAUUAGUGCUUUGUGACCUGCUGGCAUUGAUGUGGCAGCCUGAAUUUUUCGUUGCUGUCAAUAGAUACCAUAGUUCUAAAUACAUCAUGAAUUAUUGUUAAAAAUUUAGUUGGGUGGAAGCUCUGCUAGCAGAUCCUUGGCAUGGUGCUAGCUCUUGGACCAUAACACACCUUGUGAUCCAUUAGCCAUCUACCAGGUGAACCAACAUCUAGGAUUACACAUAAGCAAUACUGCAGUACAUGUGUUUUAUUAUCAUUCCAUAUUGUAUAAUUAUUCUUAUAAUGAUAUCAGAAUAUAAUGUAAAACAUAAUUCAUU